CAUGUGGAUCCAGGUCCGCACCAUCGACGGUGCCCAGACUCGGACCAUCGAAGACCUCAGCCGCCUCACCAAGAUCGAGAGUCUCCGCGAGAAGAUCCAGGAGAGCUUCCGUGUGAGCCCCGACCGGCAGCGCCUUUUCUACCGGGGCAAGCAGCUUGAAGAUGGACAUACAUUAUUUGAUUAUAAUGUUGGACUGAAUGAUAUAGUUCAGCUUUUGAUACGUUCUGAGUCUGAUGCUGUUACUACUCCAUUAACUAACAAAGAUGGAAAGGCUGUUCCCUGUGCAGUUGCCAACUGUAAGAACAAAACCAAGCAAGGAGCAAACAGAGGAUCAUCCAAUGAGCCUUCUACAUCAGCCCGCUCGUUUCUUAUUGAUCCUGGUAUUGGACAGUAUAAGAUAAAUGAAUUGGUGGAUGCCCGAGAUGACACGAUUGGAUCCUGGUUUGAAUCUCAUAUACAUAAUGUUACUCGAGCAACAAAAGGACAUAAAAAUGGAAAAGCUCAAGGAAAAAGUGGAAGUAAUUACAGAAGGACUAAUGGAAACUUAAGCCAAGAUCACUCAAGAGAAAAGACAAAUAAUUUGGACAAUACGCCUUCCACAUCUUAUUCAGAUUAUAUGGACAAUGAUGGAGAUAUUAUUUAUCAUAUCAAGUAUGAUGAGUACCCAGAAAGUGGCAUUGUCGAUAUGACUGUCCGUAAUCUACGACCACGAGCAAGAACUAUUUUGAAAUGGAAUGAAUUACGUGUGGGUGAUAUGGUAAUGGUUAACUACAAUGUAGAGAGUCCUGAAGAAAGAGGAUUUUGGUUUGAUGCAGAAAUUACCUCUUUAAGGGAAAUUUCAAGGACUAACAAAGAAAUUUAUGCCAAAAUUAUGUUGGGAGGCCCAGAAAAUAUAAUAAAUGAUUGCAAACUACUUUUUGUAGAGGAAAUAUACAAGAUUGAAAAGCCGGGAGCAUAUCCUCUGACAUUUGCAGAUGGAGAGUUCAAAAGAAAGGUGACUUAA